CACGUACAAUGGGCCAUUAUUCUUGAACUUCAUACAAGGGCUACUCGACAAUAUGAACCCAUUCCCUCUACCCAAUUCCGUCAUCAUCAUGGAUAACGCCUUUUUCCAUCACGGCGAGCCUAUUUGGGAUGCUAUCGAGUCCCGGGGCAUGCGGCUCGAGUUCCUUUCGCCAUACUCACCGGAUCUUGAUCCCAUCGAAGAAGAAUUUUCUGCUAUGAAGGCUUGGUUGCGCCGUAACCAGGAUGUUGCUCGCGGAGAGCUCUCGGGAGAGCCUUCUGCCGACCCGUUUGAGUUGAUUCGUACCGCCGUUUUCGACUCUAUGACACCGGACAACAUCGCCGGUUGGUAUCGCCACAGUCACUACACAACGUAG